CUGCUACUAGUAGUACCACUAUAGAAAAAGAUCAGGUCAGAAUUAUUAUUACAGUAAAUAAAAAAGAAAAUAAAUGCAAAGAUAGAAGAGAAUAGUAGUAGUAUAGUGAGUCUCGUCGCAGUGAGAGAGAGAGAGGAGUCGAGUAGAUAGAUAGAUAGAUCGGCGUGGGAGAAGACGACAUCGCCGGCGACGAGACCAGAUCGAUCGCCGAGGUAUCGCCUCCCUCCCCGACCGAGCAGGGUCGCCGCCGUUCGUUCCUCUUGCUGCUUCCGCCGCAUCCAUCCUGCGGGGACUAAACCUUGAAGCAUCUGGGCUGUUGUUUCACCAUUGUAGUGGAUUCCACUUCGGAACUGAACUUUUCUAGUUGUUUCCGUGACAAUGAAAACUCACGAGAGAGCUGCUAAUUUGGCCCUUGCAGGUUUGAGCUUGGCACCCCUUGUGGUUAAAGUAGAGCCAAAUGUGAACGUCAUAUUGACAGCAUGUCUUGCUGUCUAUGUGGGCUGUUACCGUUCUGUCAAGCCGACUCCACCCUCUGAGACAAUGUCCAAGGAGCAUGCUAUGCGGUUUCCUUUGGUGGGAAGUGCUAUGCUUCUCUCUCUGUUCCUUCUAUUCAAGUUUCUCUCGAAAGACUUGGUCAAUGCUGUUCUCACUGCCUACUUUUUCAUCCUUGGCAUUGCCGCUCUCUGUGCAACAUUGCUGCCUUCCAUAAAACGAUUCCUUCCAAAAGAAUGGAAUGAUAAUGCCAUCGUUUGGUGUGCUCCAUUUUUCCACUCGCUCUCAGUGGAGUUUACCAAGUCUCAAGUUGUUGCAUCAAUCCCAGGAUUUUUCUUUUGCAUAUGGUAUGCUGCGAAGAAGCAUUGGCUAGCAAACAAUGUUUUGGGGAUUUCUUUCUGCAUUCAGGGAAUUGAGAUGCUAUCACUUGGAUCAUUCAAAACUGGUGCUAUUCUCUUGGCUGGCCUCUUUUUCUAUGAUAUUUUCUGGGUUUUCUUCACUCCUGUUAUGGUCAGUGUUGCAAAAUCAUUUGAUGCACCGAUAAAGCUUCUAUUUCCAACAGGAGAUGCUGCACGCCCAUUCUCUAUGCUUGGGCUUGGUGACAUUGUGAUACCUGGUAUAUUUGUUGCGCUAGCACUGCGGUUUGAUGUCUCAAGAGGAAUUAAGAACCGCUACUUCAAUAGUGCAUUUUUGGGUUAUACGGUGGGUUUGACCGUGACGAUAAUUGUGAUGAACUGGUUUCAAGCCGCACAGCCUGCCCUCUUGUACAUUGUUCCUGGUGUGAUUGGUUUUGUUGCUGUUCACUGUUUAUGGAAUGGAGAAGUCAAGCCACUCCUGGAGUACAACGAGUCAAAGGCUGAAGAGGAAGAUGCUGUUGAAGAAGAUACUGAUAGCAAACAGAACAAAAAGGAGGAGUAGCACUCUAACAGCAGGGCAAGAAAAGGCAGAAAUUUCAUGUAAGGUCGUCGGCAGCUAAGUAGGCUGGAUGACCUCUCGGAUACCAGCUCACUUAAGAACUUAGAAAUGAUUCGCAUGAUAGAAACCCUUUUUUGAUUUAAGAAUUGUUUGGUCUGGUGAUUAGAAGAGAAGAGAGUAGAUUCUUAAGAGGCCUGCCAAUAUGGUCCAGUGGCUUGACUUUACCCGGUACCCCUUUUGCUUUAGUACUGACUUAUAAUGGUGGUACAAAGGAUUUACCUGAAUUUUUGGUCUGGCAAAUAGCGGUUUGUGAUAUCUUUCUUGGUACCUUCUCUUGUUUGAUUGACAAAACCAUGCAGAUGCAUCCCAUCUUCCGUUUGGAACUAUGGAAGUUUCUUUUAUGAGGAAUUGCACUCUUUCUCGCAAAAGGCUUGAAAGACCAAAUUAUUUG